AUGGAAACUUUUAAGAAAUUGGAAAUAACCAUUCCUUUCUCCGAAGCCAUCCAGCAAAUACCAUCUUAUUCGAAGUUUUUGAAAGAAAUCAUUACGAAAAAGAGGAAAUAUGCUGAGAAAGAGACAAUUGAGGUAGAAGGGAAUUGCAGUGCUAUUAUUCAACGGUCACUACCACCUAAAUCCUCCGAUCCUGGAAGCUUCACUAUUCCUUGUGCUAUUGGAGAACUAGAGGUGGGAAAAGCUUUGAUUGAUCUCGGAGCCAGCAUAAAUUUGAUGCCUCUAACUAUGUUUAAAAAGUUAAAAGGGGUAGAGCUCAAACAAACAAGAAUAGUUCUCCAAUUAGUUGACAGAUCCCUCAAAUACCUGUUCAGGAUUGUUGAAGACGUGAUUGUCAAGGUUGAUAAGUUCUUGUUUCCAGUGGAUUUUGUUGUUAUGGAGAUGGAAGAAAAUGGGGAUGCACCCCUUAUUCUGGGACGACCAUUUAUGAAAACCGCCAGAAUUGUCAUUGAUAUGGACCUAGUGGAGGAAAUCUGUAUGAAUCAAGAGAGUAGAGUUCGUAAUGUCUCCAUGUUGGAUAGAAUUUUAACGAAUGAAUGUGAGAAUCUGAAUGAGGAAGAGGAUAUAUCCCAUCAGAAAUGUAUCCAGGAACUAGAGGCAUCAAAAGAGGUUUCACCAGAAAAAGUGCCCUUCGAACAGAUAGACUGUACAGAAAAAACUUCAGAUAGUAAGAUUGAGCUGAAGGAACUGCCCUCACACCUAAAAUAUGUGUUCCUGGAAGAUCACGAAAAAAAACCUAUCAUUAUUAGUGCUUCAUUAUCUCAAGAGGAAGAAAGAAAAUUGGUAGGAACUCUUAGAAAGAACAAAGGAGCCAUCGGUUGGUCGAUUACUGACCUCAAGGGUAUAAGUCUAACUUAUUGUAUGCAUAGAAUUCUAGUGGAAGAUGAUUAUAAGCCUGUUGCUCAACCGCAAAGGAGACUUAACCCUGUCAUGAAAGAAGUUGUGAGAAAGGAGGUGUUAAAGCUGAUACAAUCAAAUAGUGGUAGACCCUGA